AUGACGUGGCAGUAUCAUACCACUGAAUAUUUUCUCCUAAAGGUGGCCUUCUCAUUGCCGAAGCCACAGGAGUCUCUGACACUGCACAAGGGUACACCUGGCAUAUGGACAAAUGAGCAAGUCGAGGCUUGGAAACCCAUUGUAGAUGCUGUUCAUGCCAAAGGUGGUAUCUUCCAUGAUCUCUCUAUUUAUUGCAUCUGUAUUUUCUCUGCAGGUUUUCAGCCAAAUGGGCAAGCUCCAAUCUCAUCCUCUGACAAGCCAUUGACUCCUCAACUUCGAAGUAAUGGCUUUGAUGUUGGUCAGUUCACGCCUCCAAGGCGACUAAGGACUGAUGAAAUUCCAAACAUUGUCAAUGACUUUAGACUUGCUGCAAGGAAUGCAAUGGAAGCUGGUUUUGACGGUGUUGAAAUACACGGUGCUCAUGGCUACUUAAUAGAACAAUUCAUGAAAGACCAGGUAAACGACAGAACGGACCGGUAUGGAGGUUCUCUGGAGAAUCGGUGUCGUUUCACUCUCGAGAUCGUUGAGGCCAUUGUUAAUGAAAUAGGCGCAGAUAGAGUCGGGAUCAGGCUUUCCCCUUUUGCAACCUACUCUGAAGCAGGAGACUCGAACCCCAAAGCACUAGGAAACUACAUGGUCGAACAAUUAAAUAAGUAUGGGAUCCUUUACUGCCACAUGGUUGAGCCGAGAAUGAAGACCGUGGGCGAAAUAAGCCAAUGUCCGCACAGUCUCGUCCCGAUGAGGAACCUGUUCAAGGGAACUUUCAUUGCAGCCGGAGGUUAUACCCGGGAAGAUGGAAACGGUGCGGUGGCCGAGAACCGUGCUGAUCUCGUUGCUUACGGCCGUUUGUUCUUGGCCAAUCAAGAUUUGCCUAAGAGGUUUGAGUUGGACGCAGCUCUGAAUAAGUAUAAUAGAGAGACGUUCUACGUAUCGGACCCGGUGAUUGGGUACUCCGAUUAUCCAUUCCUGGAGGACACGGCUUAAGUCACUGCCGGACAUGACUUGGAAUAAAAUAGCUCAUCCAGAUCCUCAAUUGUCUGCUCGC